GUGCAGUGUUAACAAGCUUCAGUUUCGAUUAGACUUUGCAACUUGACAAAUCAGACAUUUUAUAUAUAUCACGCUAUAUCUCAUUUCUCAACUUAGAUAUUGGACAUGCAAUCGUAUAUCAUAAUUGCAUUGCUGACUAUUUUCGCGAUGGAUUUCGAGAAUGCAGCCGCGUGCAAUUGCGAGCACUGUGAUGAGGAAGGAGUGAUCGGUUUGGGAGUGAAGACGACUACUAUUCAGGCCAUGUACCAAGAGGACCGUGAUAAUGAUGGUAAUCGAACAAUUUGCGCCAGGAAUCGCGAGUUUAAAGAUCGCACGUUCCAAAGCGUCUGUUACAUGUUAUGUUACAAUCGUUGCACGAAAUACCGAAUGGUAGCAGUUAAAGAGAAAGACAUAAAGAAGUAUGUUAUAAUUGCAUUCAGACCAAAUUAUUAUAAAUUAAGAGAUGGUGCGUGCUGAAAGAAAGAAUUGUUCUGUGCUUCUCUGCGAAUGGUAAUUAAAAAGCUCGACAUGUACAAUCACUAGAGGAGUUUGAAGUAAUUUACAAAAGUAAUUUUGCAAAAGUUCAUUGUUUCUACUAAUAUGCGAAAAAUGUGUAUAUUCUAGUAGCUUUAUCAAUUAUCCUCAACGAUUUAUUUCGAAUGUACUGUUUCUGUAGAUGUAACUUAAAAUUGUUAAAUAUAUUUUUUGAAGUGUCCAUUA